AUGUCAGCAAUGUCUCGCAAGCCUGGAACUCCCGGUAGUUCCAGCAAAUCAUCACCCGCAGAUCCGCACUCGAACACUGGGUCCACCACACGAGGACAUGCACGCUCGCCCAGCAACACAUCCAACGGAGUCAACCGUUCCCCCUCCUCCAGAGGAUCUACCCCUGUCUCUGCGCGCGCGGCUGCGAGAAAACCUGCCCGUUCCACCCUCAGCAUGUCGAACGUUCCACGAGUCUCCAAUGACCACUCCGAUGAGGAGGCGCGGGCCCAGAAUGCCGCCCUCAUCGUGGAACUGCGAGAGCAGCUUCAAAAGGCCGAAACCGCCUCCGAACAAUAUCAAAAACAGCUAGGCGUUUUGCAAAUGCGCCUCGAUGAAGCAAUCAGCGAGCAAAGCAAGUUGGAGGACCAGGCUCAUGAGCGAGACACUCGGAUCGAGGCCCUCAACAGUGAGAUCCGGGACCAAGGUCGCCAGAUCAGGGAUCUGGAACAAAACCACGAGUCGGAGCGAAAUGCUAUGCUUCAAGAGAAAGAACAGCAGACUAGCCGGGAGGAAGAGAUGCAGGCGACUAUUCAACGCCUGAAGGACUCGAUGGCGCAGAAGGACAUGCGCAUCAACGCAGAAGGUGACCGCCACCAAGUCUCCCGAUCUUCCAGCUUCCGCAACCGAUCAUCCCCAGAUGUGGAUGGUCAAUUUGCGCCCUCCUCGCACAUCGAGCGGAGCCCGUCACGCAACAACUCUACCCUCCUGCUGCAAAAAGACAAACUCAUUGAGUCAUUGCGCCUCGAGCUGGCUGAAUCACAAAUCAAACUCGUUGAGAUGGAAAACGCAGGUGGCGGUCGUCAGCGAGAACUCGAGAAAGAGCUGCUCGAAGCCCGCAUGGCCAACGCUCGCCUUAUGGAAGACAAUGAGAGCUACCAGCUUCUUCUGAGCGAGAAGACUCUUACCGGAGACUUUGCCAAGGGCGAAUUCAUGCGGGACGCCAACCCCACGAAGGAGUCGGCGAGUGGACUGGGGUCUUUGGCAGACGAACUUGAGUCUGUGGAUGAAUCUCCUGAAGCUGAUGCCCAACCCCCAUCGGAGGCAGAGCUCAAGGCUCUAAAAGAUCAGAACAAAGCUCUCACUCUCUAUAUCGAGCGUAUCAUCAGCAGGCUUCUUAUGCAUGACGGAUUUGAGCAUAUCUUGGAUCGGAAUGAGGAUGAUGACUCCUCUACUACAAAGACCGGGAGUGAAAAGGAUCUUCCUCCAACUCCCCCGAGAAGGACGAUGCUGCGUCUCAGGGUUUCUUGCAACGAGCCAAGUCGGCUUAUGCUGCCUCCGCCGACACCCACGACACCCUCGCAAAAUGAGAAUCCCAACACUGCGCCCAGCAUUCCCUUCCGCACGCAGUCCGUGAGAAUUGGCCACCGUCGCAGCCGCUCGGAACAAGUCGAUCCAAGUGCCGCGAGUGUCGUUGGUCAUAUGUACCGCGGACGCAACUCGGGUGGACCUAUUAGCCCGACUGGAAUGGGCCCCGGGUCCCGCCAGAGCAUGUUCUCUGGAGCAGCAAGCUAUAUAUCUGGCAUGAGCCGCGCACCCUCCCUCUCCAGCCAGCCAGAGCGACUCGCUCGCAGCAGUUCUCCUAGUAUCACGAGUGAUCCUCACGGAGAUGGUGCCUCUACCGGUGCUACCUCCAGCCCUCCCCGAUCGAUCGGCGGCAUGAACAACUAUACUGGAGCUGUGAUGCAACAGGACAAGUUGCGCCCACUGCGUCUCGUCAGUGAAACCACCAGAAUCAAGGAGGAGGAGGAAGCGGCACGCAAGAAGGCAAACCGCGCGAGCUGGAUUCCGUGGUUGAAUCGCACAGGCACCGAUGAAAUGGCACCGCCGCAGUAG